AUGAUGAUAGCUCCUCAGCCAUUGGAGGGUUUAAAUGAAGCAGGGCCCACACCAUUCUUGAACAAGACAUAUGAAUUGGUUGAAGAUGAGACAACAAAUGAGGUAGUUUCUUGGGGAAGAGGUAACAACAGCUUCAUUGUUUGGGAUCCUCAGUCUUUUGCCAUGAAUCUCCUCCCAAAGUACUUCAAACACAACAAUUUCUCCAGUUUUGUCAGGCAGCUCAAUACUUAUGGCUUCAGGAAAGUUGAUCCUGACAGAUGGGAGUUUGCAAAUGAAGGGUUUUUGAGGGGGCAAAAGCAUCUCUUGAAACACAUUAGGAGGAGAAAACACAACCCACCAAAUAACCCACAACAACCAAUUACUUGUUCUAAACAGAGUAGGAAUUCUGAAUCUUGUGUCGAGGUCGGAAUGUACGGAUCCUUGGAUGCCGAAAUCGACCGGUUGAGGCGCGACAAACACGUCCUAAUGACGGAGUUGGUUAAACUCCGGCAACAACAGCAGAACACCAAACUCCAUUUGAAUGCAAUGGAGCAAAGGCUUAGAGGGACCGAGCUCAAGCAGCAGCACACGAUGAGUUUCUUGGCGAGGGUGUUGAAGAAUCCGAGUUUUUUGCAGCAAAUCGUGCAGAAAAAUGAACGGAGGAAGGAGAUCGAGGAGGCCAUUGGCAAGAAGAGAAGGAAGAAAAUCGAUCUUGGUUCGGGAAAUAAUAAUCAUAAUAUCCGCGAUUUCGAUGUUUAUAUCGGUACAAACGAUGAUAUGGUUGGUGAUUUUGGGGGAGAAAGUGGCGUUAUCGAUGAUGUUGAGAAUGUUUAUGUUAAGAUGGAACCUCAAGAGUGUGGUGAUGGUGGUGUUUGUGGAUUUGGGACGAACGUGCAAGAACCCUUGAUGGAAAAGAAGAUUGGGGAAGGAGUUAUGAGCGAUAGCCACGAACAAGGAAAGUACAUGAAUAAUGUUGGCGAAGAUUCGUUUGGCGAUGAUAAGUUUUGGGAUGGGUUGAUCAAUGAUGGGAUCGAGGAUGGGAUUGAUGAUAGGAUUGGGACUUUUGGUGGGUUCGGGGGAGAAUAUGGUGGAGAGGGCGUUGAUGUCUUGGCCGAGCAGUUAGGGUUCUUGGGUUCAAGUACAAGAUAG